AUGACCGAGUCGAAAAAAGGGUCAAAACAAGUGACAAUCAAUACAUUCUUUUCACCGACAAACUAUGGCCAGGAAUCAGAUGAUACCGUGGUGGAAUCAGAACGGCCGAACCUUAUGGGAGAGAAGAGAAUCAGAGUGGUAUCAGAUGGUGCACAAUUUGAGGUUAUGGCUAAAAUGGAGGAUAAAAACCAGGCUAAAACGUUACAAGUACAAAAAAAGGCUAAAAGCAUACGCAAAAUGAAGGUUAAACCUGAGAAGACAAAGGCGUCCUGUGACGUGUUAAAGAAGAAGAAACAACAGCUCAAGCGGUUUAUUUCUCCUCAUGCUGUGGCUCUUGAUGAAAAUGAUGAUGAUGAUGAAGAAGAAGAUGAAGAUGACAAUGUUUUUCAUACACCAGAAGCUAAAAGAGCACGAGCAGAAUUAGAAUCAGAUGGAGGAGAGCUUGUGCCUCCUGGAGCUUUAAUUUCAGACGACAGGAUUGUUAAUAUGGAAGAUAUUGUGGAUAUUAGUGACGAUACGACUGCUGCAAUCACAGAGACAAGAGACGAUAUACAAGAAGACACGACAAUUGAUGUUGAGUUGAUUUCAGGAAUGUCAGUAGAUGAGCAGGAGGAGGAGGAGGUGCAGUAG